AUGGCCAAAGUUGAAUUAACACCAUUAAGACCGUGGAGUGAUUUCUUUCCCGAGGGUGACAGAUUCGCCACACCAGAUACGAAAGAUUUUGCGAGAUGGUAUAAUAGAGUGAUCUGCAAUUUGCUCUACUAUCAAACAAAUUAUCUGGUCGUGUCUAUCGUUGUUGUCCUUAUUGUUGGGUUAUUGAGCCCUUUGGGAAUGCUCACCGCCAUGUCUGUGGUGUCUGGAGUCUUUCUGAUCUCCGUGUGGGUAGCCGAAAAUGGGACCACUAUCAAGAACUUCAAAACGCACAACCCCACAGGUUUUGUGAUUGCUGUUAUGGUGGCCAGCUACAUGGUGAUAAACUUUGUGGGAAGCGUCAUUGUGUUCAUGGCAUCAAUCACUUUACCACUCACAUUCAUCUUUGCCCAUUCUUCUUGUCGCCUCCGCAACAUAAAGAAUAAACUGGAGAAUACAAUAGAGUUUGCUGGCUUCAAGAAGUCACCAAUGGGCAUUUUCCUGGAGGUCCUUGGUCAGCAAGAGGAAUAUCAAAAAAUACAGAGCUUCCUGGAAGCCAAAAUGAAAGAAUGA